AUGCGUUCCACCUGGCAGCCGUCCAACAUCGCUCUGGCCCUUCUGGCCAUGCCGCUGGCCCUCCCAGCCUCUGCUGAGAAGGUCCUGGGCGCCUACAUCUUCUCCCGCCAUGGUGACCGCACGGCCAAGGUGUUGGGGAACACCGAACUCACCGACCUGGGAUACAGAGAAGUCUACCAGAGUGGAGGCUACUGGCAUGACCGAUAUGUCAACGCCAGCUCUUCGCUCCAGAUCGAGGGCAUCAGUGACAAGAUCGUCAAACUGAGCCAGGUCAGCGCAUCGGCGCCCUCGGACGAUGUCCUCCAGAACUCCGCCAUUGCCUUCAUGCAGGGAAUCUACCCCCCCGUCGGGUCCUCCGCCAGCGAGACCCUGGCCAACGGGACCACCGUCGAGUCCCCUCUGAACGGCUACCAGUUGAUCCCUCUGAACCUCAUUGAGUCUAACACCGACAGCGAGGACAACACCUGGCUGCAGGAUGCCACCGGCUGCCAGAACGCCGUGGUCAGCAGCGACAACUACUACAGCUCCACGCUGUACAAUAGUCUCCUCGACUCCACCCACGACUUCUACCAGUCCCUCUCGUCCCUGCUGAACAGCACCUUCGCGCCCGACGAGAUGAGCUUCAAGAACGCCUACACCAUCUUCGACUACCUGAACGUCGCCUCCAUCCACAACACCACCAACACGCCCACCUCCGCCCAGCUGGACCGUCUCCUCCAGCUCGCCAACAUCGAGCAGUACAACCUGGCUUACAACGCCUCCGAGACCGUCCGCGCCAUUGCCGGCGCCCAGCUGGCCGGUGAGGUGCUGGAGGCCCUCAACAAGACCAUCACCUCCCAGGGCAAGACCAAGCUGAACAUCCAGCUCGGCUCCUACGGAACCUUCCUCUCGUACUUUGGCCUGGCGCAGCUGCCCGCCGCCAACGUCAACUUCACCGGUAUCCCGGACUACGCCUCCACCAUGUCGUGGGAGCUGGUCACCAACUCCACCGCCGAUGGCUUCCCCGACGCCUCGGAGAUCAGCGUGCGCUUCCUCUUCCACAACGGCACCAUCACCGGCUCCUCCAGCCCCAGUGAAUACCCCCUCUUCGGCCAGUCCAGCACCACCAUCCCCUGGACGGACUUUGCCGACCAGACCAAGAAGUUCGCCGUGAUGAACGAUGAGGAGUGGUGCCAGGCCUGCGGAAACACCGACGGCCAGUGCAAGUCUGUCGCCGGCGGCUCGGGCUCCGGGUCCGUCUCGGCGCAGUCGUCCGGUGAUGGCGGCGUGUCGCGGCCGGUGGCCGGUGUCAUCGGCGCCAUGGUGACGCUGGCGGUGGUUCUGGGCCUGGAGGCGCUCCUCCUGGCGGUGGGAGGCUUCCGGAUCGCGAAGAAGCAGAAGGCGACUGCGACUGCGGUUGCGGCCCAGCAGAUGGCUGAGGAUAAGGCUGUGAACAAGGCUUGA